CCCAGUGCAAGAAAUAGUUUCAGCCCGACCACCCCUACUGAAACUGCGAGGCUCCCCCACUGACGCAGUUCUUGUCGUGUUGCUGCCUUGGUGCCUCCUUUAUUUUGAAAAGCAGAACGUGUAUCGUGAGGCGGCCAGUUGCUGCUCACUUUCCAGAGCUGCUCGAAGAAGCGGCCACGGAGCGGAGGGGCAGGGCUGCUCUGACCGUCCUCCCCAUCAGAGGAGCUCUCAGAGGACUUGUUCUUUUCCAGUCCUCUCACCUCGCUGCUGUGGACAUGCCAGUACAAGGCUCACCGGUUGGGCUGAGUAGCCUGAAACAUGGAGAAUGUUCAUCCCAAAUGAUCUGGAGGGUUUGUGUCUCUGAACUAUGAACAAGCUGCAACAGGAUCCAGGAUAUACAGGCAAGUUUUCAAAAGUGAGCGGCUAGUGAAUGACUGAAAUGGAAUCCUACAUUUGGACUUUUAGACAACACUCUGUUCAUUCAUCAGCAGCCAGUCCUCACUGCAGUCUCAACUCAUACUGCGAAUUGUGUCUCAGAGAUGAUAGUGUGUGGAGCUGGCGGGCUGCUUUGUGUUGUCGUAGAGGAAUGCAGCAGCUCGGUCAGACUGUCUGUCUGCAACCUCCAUACAGCAGAGAGACAGUCCGGCACGGCACGGCACGGCACUCCAUGUCUGUCCGUCGGUAAGUCCUCUGACAGGUUGUGACCAGCAACGAAAGCUCUCAAGUUAUCUGUGCCAUGAAGACCAAGAAGGCCAGAGGAGUUGCCCCAACUUCACCUUCAUUCCGACGAAAGCCUCGUUUCACCUUACGAGGGAGAAAGAAAAAGGACGGGGUUAUCCAAGGCAAGCUUCGCAUUCGCUCCCUGCCUGGAGUGUUCCUGGUGCUAGGAGUAGUCGUGGUUGUCGUCGGUACUGCUCUGGCUGUCGCGGGGUACUGGCCCUAUCGGAUAUCAAGAUCAGCCAUCCUGGGAGCUGCAGAGGGCGAAAGCAUCUCUGAAGCACAGACUUCUGGCUGGAGCUUGGGAGCUAAGGGCCUUCUUUCCACAGCCAGCCUCAUCCACAGUGACCGGAUGAAGCUGCUGGGACCAGUCAUCAUGGGGGUGGGACUUUUCAUCCUCAUAUGCGCCAACACUGUACUAUAUGAGAAUAGGGACAGAGAAACUCAGAUGCUGUUGGCUCAAAUGCGCAGUGUUAUCUGCUCUGUGUCUGCAGCUGUGCCCUCAGCAGACCUUAAAGAAAUAGCAGCAGCCAACUCAAUGGCCAAACACUACAAGUGGGUGAACAGUCUACCAGCUGCACAUCUCAAUAUCCUCUGUCUGCAGCAGCUGGCCAACUCCGAGCCCCUGCUCCAGACCAGACACACCAGAGACCAGGAGGACAGUAUGGAGGGCGUCUACCAGCAAGCUGUUCUCCAGACGGAAGCCCUUCAUCAUCAAGAGUCAGAGUGUCCACCUUCCCUGCACUCCUCCUGUUCUAACUCAUGUAAUUCCAGUCAGACAGACUUGAAUACACAGUUGAGUGCUGUAGGUGGUGGGAGAGCCAACUUCAACUCGGAGGCUCCACCACUUGUCAAGCUCAACGUCUCCCUGGUGUCUGCCAGCUCCAUGUCCACCCUGGGGCUGGAUGAGGUGGAUGUCCGUGCUGCCCAGCCAAGGCGCUGCCACAGUAUGAGUUACAGGACUAACCCUUACAUGGCCCAAACUGGUGUGAGGCUGGAGGAAGGACUUCUCACAUCAGGAGAGAAGGGUCAGGUAAGUCAGCUAGUAAUCACUAGCAGAGAGGGUGGUUCACAGGACUGCAUGAACAUUCCCGGGCAGGUUGCUGACACUGUCGAGGAGCAGACUCACCAAAGCUGGCCUCGGCUAGACCUGGGCAGCGGGAGACGAUAUCUGAAACUGGACAACAGAGAGGACUCGGUGGACAAACUGCUGGACCAGUUAGAGCAGCAGUGCUCUCAAUUUGACAAGAGUUUUGGGUCUGGGCCUUUCCAGUGAUGGCUGCUUUAGCUUCACAGCAUAGAGGAUACAAUGAUGACCAAGGAAUAAUAUUUUUCCUGGAUUCUAAAACUGCUUUGUGUUUGGACCAUUUGGAAUAUGAUAUUACUCCAGAAAGACCUUCCAAAACUUGGGCCCUUUCUCAAUCUUGAGUGGAAUAUUUAAGGACACAGGUUAUGGUCCUUGCUUGACAGAAUGAGGCAGAUGUUUUUUUACAAUUCAAGAAGAAGACUAUGCAUCCCCUACACAGUCACAGAUGAAUGAAGCAAUUUGACAGAUUGUUUACUUCCGUAGUUUGGGGUGGUAUCAGUGCAAAAAAAAUCAGCUGAUAUCUUGCCAAAGUGGUUUGUCUGUUUCCAUGACACAGUGUGCACAACCCAGUGAAGUAAAGAAAGACCAGUGAAAGGGGAGGGAGAUCGAUUUCACUGUGCAAUCAAUUUUGAACCAAACUAUCUGGAUUCCUGAGCCCAUUAAGUGCUGACAGCUCUUCACAAAUGCAACUGCUCUAUUGCAUGGGACUUUUUUCUUACUGAGGUCCUAUGCUCCCAUUGCAAUGCAUGUCAGUGAUGUACAGAAUGCUACAUCUUAAUCUUUAUGCAGAAUAAUGUAGUUGUUGUUUUAAUACGUAUACAAAACAAUGAUAGUUAAAGGAUAAUUCUGGUUUAUCACGACUUGGAUCUUAUUUUCUUCAGUCUGACCCUCAUUUCUGGUAGCACUUAUGAUAAAUGCUGAAGUUUUUCUUUGCUCUCUUGCUCUAUAGAUACCAUCUGACUUUAUUUUUCUUUGGGGAUCGAAAUACAAACCAGAUGUGAAUAAUAAGUGAGCGAAUAAAACUUGUGAAACAGAAAAACACCAAAAGUCAAAUACUCAGAAUGAACCACCAGCUGACAAUUUUUUUAAGAUGAGUCAUCAAUAUUGAACCUCUGGGUGAAGUCUGAGUCUGGGGUCAUGAGUGGCAACAAGUUCAGUUGCUCUGUAGGUAAUAAUUUUUGGUGGUGUUAAUCCACAUUUCAAAUUGUAUUACAAAAACAUUCUGUGUUGCAGUUGCAGACAGGAAAAGAUACAGAUCGUCAAGGAAAUCAGACACUAGCCAAAUUGUACCGUACAUUAGGCAAUACUGACUGUAUUUCACAAUUCAGUAUUAUUUUUCAUGGUUUGGGAGGAAAGUCUAAUAAAGAUGUGACAAAUAGCAGUUUAUCAGAGAAACGUUUCUCCAAAUGUAGGGACUAACAGAGGACAGUGUGUUUCCUCUCCCAUUGUGUCUAGCUUGUAUUUGCAGGUUUUUCUGUUUAACCUCAACUCAUGCAGACACAUUGAAAAUGUGUAUUUACAUGUUAAAGUUAUUGUUGACCCUACGCUUACUUCAGUUCAUUGAGCAAGGCUGCUCUUUCAGCUACUCUACAAAACACUACCAAUCAUUUAACAUUUUUGUUUACUGUACAUGUGUUUGCACUGUGUCAUUCCUCUGUGCUUUUACGGCAGUUCGGUUGCAACACUACAUUUAAAGUCUUCCUAUUAAGCAUUUAUAAGCAGUACAUAAAAGUUAACACAUGCUUUGUAACACACUAAUGUAGAUCUAGGCAAAUAGGCGUUUAUUCACAAAUUUGUCAACUACAAUUCCUUUUGUGGAUACCAAUAAGUGCAGGCUGCAGUUUAGACAGAUAAAGAAUGAUGAUAGAAUAAAACACAGUUUUAAUAAUAUACUUAUGUUUAUAGGUGAAGUUUUCAUGGCUGAUGUACUGUACAACAAUAAGCACUUCAAAUGUCCUUUUAGCUGCUUACAACUACAUUAUAGUGUGUUACAAAGUAUUACAUAAUGGUGUAAUAUUUAAAAAUGUUAAAGUGUUAGUAGCUAAUUUGUUCUGCUGGUGAUUAGUGUUAUUAUUAGUAAGGAAAAUGACUAAUAAUAUGAAAAUAAGACCCAAGUGUGAAAAAAAAAAUCCUUAGUAAUGAUGGAGAAAUUGUGUUUGUUGUCCAUCUCCUUGUUAAUGCUGCAUUAUCUUAAUGUAAUGAAAUGAAAAGCAGGGAUGCCUCCUCCUGCUGGUCUCCUGUUGAUUUGCCCCCUUUCAGAAUGCAGCCAGUAUUUAUGAGGAGGAUCACCCCCGCCCAAAUGUAUCCUGCACUCUUGCUACCCAUCCUUUGAUCAGCCGUCAGACUGGAUUGUGCUGAUGAGGCAACCCUGCAGCUCCACUUAGAUUUAGAGAGGUGAACAGUAUUACUGUAUACCGCUUGGUGUGUGUCAUACAGGAAUAUGAAUCACAGUUUCAUGGCCUCCCUCCUCCUUGCCUUGCUUUACACCCUGUGAAGAAGUGCACAGGUGACUACCCCUUGGUCCAUGUUUAAAUCAACACUCGUACUCUGGUUUUCUUUCUGUCUGUGCUUCCUGUUCUGUAUGCAAUGUGUGGCAUUUUGUGUUCUAAAUGUAUACUAAGCAAUAUGAGCAGUCUGACAGAACAGUCAAUGGCUGUGUUUUGCACUGUGUCGGCCACUAAAUUAAACAACAACCAUGCCUGUGUUGCCAAUUUAAGGCAAAGCAAAAUCCA